AUGUCGUCCAAAACUCCAAGCACUUUCACACAAGCUUGGUACAGAUGGAAAGCAUUGAAGUUGCCAUGGCGGAAACGGUUCCUCGUCGGUUUCGACCUUCAAGGCAACUCUUUCUGGGAGUUCCGCGACACGCUCUCUUCGCAUAAGCACCGCAUGCGACGAAUCGUGAAAUUCCCCUCCACGACGCAGUACAGCGAGAUCAGGAUCUCGCCACAGUGGCACCAGUGGCUGCGACACACGCGAUCGGAACCCCCAUCCCUUACGGAACAGUCGCAGGACGUGGUGCGGCAGCGGAACCUGAAGAUUCUGGCUGCACAAGCAGAUGCGAGGUGGGCUGCCAAACCUAGCUUUCUGGAUACGCCGGAGAGGAGCCAACCGUUGCCUGCGAUGGAGGUCAAGGAUCCGGGGGGCUACGAGUCUGUGCAGGAGAGGAGGGAGGCAGUCGGGGUACAGGAGACGGAAGAAGGCAAUGUGCAGACAGGCGAGGAGGCGAUGAGAAUGCAGGUUCCGGACGGGACAAGGCACGAUUUCAGAAAGACACCGGAACCGGAAAAUAAGAGAAUUGAGGAUGAGAAAGCGCCGAAGAAAGAAUUAAAGAAAGAAGAUCCUUGGAAGAAGGCUCGCGGUGGACCGAGUGAGGAGUGGCAGCCGCAGACAUGGGGUGGGAAUGUUUCGGCAAGGAGGUGA